AUGGCGUCUUCCUCAGACCCUCCCGACAUGAAAGACAUAUUCGAGAACGACUACGAGCGCCAGUGGGUACUCAAGCGCUCUGCCCAAGUGGCAGGGUGCCUCAUUCACGACCACAUGGACAAAGAUGACCGAGAGCGUGUUGCUCGCCUCGCCGGCGACGUUGGACGAAAGCUUCGGGACUUUCUUGUCAAGCGUCCAGACCGCGGAUUUCUCUACCAGGCCUGUCUCCACGGUGACCUCAGCCAAGUCGGUCUGGCGAUGUUGCUAGCUUUUCGCAGCCAAUUUCGAAGCGCUGCUGAAAUUCCUGCCGAUGUUAACAUCUACUUCGACCAACAUGCUCCUUUGGGAUGCCAUGACUUCGACAAAUAUCUUUCAAAGAGAUUCGCGCGAUGGGAAGAAAACGAAGAUGCGGCUGUUGGUUUCCAAGAGCCUACUGCCGUUGAGCACACUUACUGGGGAAGAGACUUCACGGAGAAGAUGCGACCGGGCGCAGUUGUGGAAGAAAUAAUCGACUUCAACGGAUUGGAUGCGAGAGACUAUUUCGACACCAACAAGCCGAUCACGAGAGGCGACGUGCUUCAAUUCGUUUACUACUGCAAAGUACAUACCAGAGAGCGCAUCAUAAAAGCCCUUGAAGACUUCGCCGAGGGCCGUGAGAAGUUCCGCAAGGAGAUCUUAUACACGAGUUCCGGCUUCCCCAUCAUCUCGGAACCGGACCAGGUCGACAUUGUUUGCGCCUUCUGUGACGACUCGCUGCCAGUCUCGAGUCUCGAUCAGCUGCGCAGCCACUGCCGAAAAAGGGGUCACACUUUUGCUACCGCCCUCUCCAUACUCGGAAGACAAGGAUAA